GGUGUAUGUGUUCUUACGACGGAAUGUCUUUGUUUAUAUGAGCUAUGUGUAUGAAUAUUUAUAUAACACUAGACGCUACUAAACACGUUUGGAAUGUUGUUACUGGAGGUCGACGAUUAAUGUAGACUACAUUGCACUCCACGAGGAGACUGCGUGACAGGCUGACUACCUGUUAUGGGAGUGCAGCAAGGAGCCACGGUGUGAUAGUCUCUACCCAGCAACGGGAUGGAGGCCCAACCAGAGGAGACGGCUUUGGUACCGGAGGUUCUUCAGAGCUCAGCAGAGACACACGGAGAGGAACUGGAACUGAACAACGGUACCAGCACCAAGCACCUGGAGGAUGGAUGCACAGCUGAGACAGAACCUCAGGGACUGACCUCCGGGACCUCAGACAGCCGUUUACCGGGAGAGUUAACGGGAGGAGCAGAGGAGAUGGAGGUUACAGAGAAUCUCAGCUCUGUCUCGAGCUCCGAGCUGGGAGAUGGAACCACACACACACACCUCCCACAGGACCUCUCUCAGGACCUCUCUCAGGACCUCUCCCAGGACCCCCCCCAGGACCCCUCUCAGGACCCCCCCCAGGUACUGCUGACGUUACAGGACGGUGUGUGUGUCAGGGACCAGCGGGACAGCAGCAGCUCCUCCUCAGACAGUGAUUCAGACUCCUCUUCCUCCGGUGUGACGCUGGCUGUUGUGUUAGGUCAGGCAGAUGAAGAUGAUGAUGACGACGAAGGCUUCAGUCGGGCAAGGAAACCCUGUUCCAUCAAAACCCUGGAUGAGAUCCUGCCUGAGGAGUUGCCUGCUGUCGAGGAGUUGACGGUUGUUCUACCAGAGGAGGCGGAGAUACUGCCCCUAGGAUCAGUCACCAGUAUCAUCCAACAGCUGGUGAUCAUUCAGUCAUUGAAGGACACGCCCCCUCUGAAGGACGACAGCGUCAUUUUCAACUCUGAUAGGCUGGCCGUGGGCAAGGUAUUUGAGGUGUUUGGGCCAGUCUCUAGUCCCUUCUAUGUGUUGAGGUUUAACUCAGAGAGUGACAUCGCAGAGAGAGGAGUGAAGCUGAAGGACUCCAUGUUCUACGCCCCGUCUCUCACCGACUACACCCUCUACAUCCUCACUGAGCAGCUACGACGGUUGAAAGGCUCCGACGCCUCCUGGAAGAACGACCAGGAACCACCACCAGAGGCGUUAGACUUCAGUGAUGAUGAGGCAGAACAGAAUAUGAAAAGGAAGAAGAAGAAGAAGGGGAAUGUUCAGAAGAGUGAGAGAGAAAGAGGACAGAGAGCUGACCAACAACCAGAUAGAGAUUCCGUCACCAGACCACAGAUGUCCCAGAGGCCUUUGCAACAGAGUUGUCCACCCCGCCGUGACAACUGGGGUCCCCCACCCCGAUACGAAGGGGCUCCGUACUACACACACCAGCCCCACUACCCCUACCCUCCCCCCUACCAGCCCCAGUCCUUCCCCCUCUAUCCUCCCCCUCCUCCCCCCCACAUGUCCUUCCCCUGGUCCCCUCCCCCCUCUCACCCCUACCACAACCUCCCCUUCUCUCACCUCCCCCCUCCUCCCCCACCGCCUACUGGCCCCUAUCCUCCUCAGUGAGGACACAACUAGUGACUGUACACCUCACCACCUUGACACUCAUCAGCGUUGUUUGACCAAAUCAACACAUUAAAGUAUAUUUUUACUGUCUGCA